AUGGACAGGACUUGUGUGGUGUCGACCCACAGGGGACCCCAGCUGCCACAGUGCAACACCUCCACCUCCACCCUGGCCUUCAACCAGCGUUUCACCACCACCGCCUGUGGAAAACUUCUCCUGGCUGAGAUCGUUUGUGGUAUGAUGGUGUGGAUUCUGAUCGGAGGCACAAACUAUUUUCAUCUGUCUGCUCUCUGCUGGGUGAUGUUUGUUUCCGUCCUCUUCUGGAUUUUGACCGUGUGUCUGUUUAUCAUUUAUCUGACCGGAGCCUACAACUGGACAACACACAUCCCCUGGACUACACUGUCUCUGUGUUUUAACUGCAGCGCUGCUGUGUUGUACCUGGUGACAGCAGUGAUCAACGCACUCACUGUAAACUGGGCUGUUCGGGGGCGACACAACUACAACUGUUGGGUAGCGUCAGCAUUUUUUGCAUCUCUGACCACACUGUGCUACUCAGCAAGCAGCUACCUAAGCUACCAAGCCUGGAGAACCUCAGGGGAAGAGAACUAG